CAUUUAAGAAUAUAAAAUAAAAAAAUGUAUAAUUGAUUUCAUUUUCAUAAUGAUAAUAUUAUAUUGGUUAGUUGAUAAAAUUAGAAUAUAAAAGCUCAAUGGAAUUACCACACAACCCAUAUAUAGUUUGAAACUGAAUCUAAAACCUCACAAUCCUACAUAAAGGCUGCAAUGCUUUCCUUUUAGGAACAACAUGCCACUAAUAAAAAAGAAAUAGAGAGUAAUUGGUUCAAGUCAACUAUAUUCUACAAACUUAACUAAGAGGGAACCAUCAAAACUUGAGAGCAAACGACAAAAUUAGGGUUACCUCCAAUAUACUAAUAGACUUUAUCAAAGUCAUAAGACACAAAAUUAGACACUCAUUUUCUAUAAGUUUCAGUAGGUUGAAUAAGAAUCGACCUAAUUCAGUAAAUCAAUCAAUGAUUUCUCGUUUUAAGAUAGAAAUAGGUUGUGGUAGCUGCAAAAACCAUAAACCUAAAGAGCCAAUAGCCACCAUUCUCCGUUGAACGACCAAAUUUUUAUCCACUCUAUCUUUAAUCUCAAGAGGCAUAUGUUCCAACCAAACAACUCCAUUUCUGCUACUUUGAUGGACCUUCUCUCCGUAACCCUCAAUUUCUCUUCCAAUUGGGGUUCUUGUCAACUCGCUCUUCAACUCCUCAAUCUUCUUCUUGUGUUUGCUAACUCAUCUUCCUCGGGGCAGUUGUAAUAAGUUCGCUAAAACCAACAUUCAUCUCCUGUUCAUCAAUAUGUUCAUCUCCCCCUUGUCUGCCUUCACCCACUUCAGUCCACUUCCUUGCCCUUCAAUAACCUCUCCAUUUUCAUUACUAUCCUCAUCAUCUCUCACUUCUCUCUCGUUAACUACUCCAGUUUCGCUUCCAUGUCUUUCAACACUCUCCUCAAUUCAUUCACUACCCUCUCCAACUCCCUCUUCUCUGCCUUCACCUGCUGCAGUGGAACUUUACCUGCUACCAAAUCCAAACACAAUUUCUUCCCUCCACCACUUUCAUUCUCAAACUCAAUUCCAACUCUUCUACUCCAAGUUCAAAUUCAUAACUACUUGAUUGAACUCCAUUCUAUUCGUCAUGGAUUGAUAUCGGAUUUGAAAUUUUCUAUUUGCGUAGCUUAAAUCCCCAAAAUAAAACUAUCCUGCCAAGAGAAACCAGAAGAUUAAUUUUCAAAUGCGCCCUUGUACUCGAAAGUGAAAGGACCAAAUUAUUGCACGAUGGAGGGACUUUCGAAGUAAGUUAUAAAGAGAUAAGAACAAAGAUAAAAAAAAAGCACGAAAUUUAAAUUUAAAUUGAAAAAUGCAAUGUCACAACACGUAGAAAAGAAAUAGUUUCUUCCAUAUUAGCCAAUUACAAAUUUACCCAAACGAAAAUUAAGUAGAGCAUGAAUUUUAAAAUGGAUAAAAUUACAUGAAACUCUACUAUGGAAAUUGAAGUAUUAAGCACCAUAAACAUAUAUACGGUAGACUUAGUGGGCUUGUGGAUCAUGAUGUAAAAGUCAUUCAUUUUCCAGAGUUUGACUUAGUGUAUGUUUUGUAUUCAAAUAGAAACAACAAAUUUGUUUAGUGUAAUUGGUUAUAAUCAUUGUCUUUGUUUGAAGAGACCCGGGUUCAAAUCUUAAUGUUGAUAUUUUUUAUUUGAAAUAAAUCAUUAAUUGUAAAGACAAAAAUGUCCUUCCUACUUUCACUCUCGUUGCAGAAAAUUUGAAAUGGAGAAAUUACACAUAACUCUAUCAUAUAUUAAUGGAGGAUGGAGAAUAGGCUCGGCCUAAUUCCGUGAUCUACAACCUCCAGAAUCGUUAAAAAAAAAUUAGAAAUUUGAAUUUAUACCGUAGGACCUAGAAUCAUCCUUAUAUGCUACAAGCCACAAGUGUCAUUUGCUCCUGAUUCAUAUCCGGAUCAUCAUGGACCAAACUCGGUCCAUUAACAUAUCUCGUCCACUUGUUUCAGUCCAAAAUGUCCUUCCUACUUUCACUCUCGUUGCAGAAAAUUUGAAAUGGAGAAAUCACACAAAACUCUAUCAUAUAUUAAUGGAGGAUGGAGAAUAGGCUCGGCCUAAUUCCGUGAUCUACAACCUCCAGAAUCGUUAAAAAAAAAUUAGAAAUUUGAAUUUAUACCGUAGGACCUAGAAUCAUCCUUAUAUGCUACAAGUCACAAGUGUCAUUUGCUCCUGAUUCAUAUCCGGAUCAUCAUGGACCAAACUCGGUCCAUUAACAUAUCUCGUCCACUUGUUUCAGUCCAUUAUUCUGGUUGUUACUAUUGGGCUUCCGGUCCAGUAUAUAUAAACCCAACAGGCCAACAAGUCAACAGAACCACCCGAUUUGCAGGUCAAAAGUCUUGUACAUGUUUCAUUUUCCGUUCCUGAGUAAUAUCCCAAAACUCAAACCCUUCUAUGACCCAUAAUACAACUAGUUUGUAGCAUGGUGGUCCAACCGAUCAAACCAAGAAAUACCCUGGACCAACCGUAUUACACAAUCCACCUCCUACUUAUACAUGAUCAAACUUAUCAUAAACAUCACAAAUCACAUCACAUCAUCAUCAUAUCACUAAACCACUCACUAAUCUCGAUCUCGACCCUCAAAUCACGUUACUUAAAUCGAGUUAAUCACCCACCAAUACCAAAAUGGGGGAACUAAGGAGUGACCAGCAAAGACAGCAACCGCAGCCGCCGUUGCCGUCGGCGCCACAAGCUGUGCUUUCCGUCAUGGUUGAACCCUAUGCUCCUCUUCCUUAUGAUCAUCACCGCCACCACCAGCAGUCCCCCGCCGCCGAUCAAUGUUACGGUGAACAUUAUCGUCAACAGCAAAUCAACAUCCCCAAUGCACUUGCUUAUGGUGCACCCGCCACACCGUAUCCUGGCCAUCCACGACAAAUGGUGACGAACUCUACUGUGACGGACCAUUGUCCCGUCGGCGAAGAUAAGCAUUCGGAUGUUGACCGGCUGCCUUUCUGCGGCUUGGGUAUCGGAUGGCUCUUGUAAGUCACGUUCUUUCAAUCUCUUUUGUCUUGUUAGUGGUUUAGUAGCUAACUUUUUCGGGCAUUGACAAUGGUGGUUGUCGUUGAUGAAUAUUUUUAGUGACUGAGUUUUUAGUGACCAAACCAUAGUGGUCGCUGAAAUGAGCAUCUUUGCGACUAUUGGCACCGGCGAUGGUAUACAUUCUUUUAAGGCCGUGGUUGUUUGUUUUAGUCGCUAAAAGGGUAGUUUUCAAUUAAUAGAAUAACUAUAAGUCUAUAACAACUUGGUCGUGGUUUAAAAAAAUGUACAUUUAGCACCAAGUUGAAUCUAAAUUUGUACAAAAUUUAAUACCAGAUUCAUGUUAUAAUUCAACUUAUAACAAAUUUUUCAAUAAUGAAAAAACUCUGGGGAGCAAAUUAUGAUAUGAUUUGUGGGUAACUCCUUUACAUUGAUGAAUGGUCGACUGAACCUCUUAGGUGACAUCUUGUGGCUAAAAUCAUAUUUCUGGACGGUCGUGCAUUUUGGCAUUCUACAAUGAAGCAAUGUUACCGAAUUUGCUUGUAAUUAUGUUCAAUUCAUUGGGAAUUUUGUCAAGCUAAUGCUAAUUUAUCCUGUUUUCUGAUAUAAGGUUUAUAUUGGGAUUCUUGCUUGCCUUUCCGUGGUUCUUUGGAAUUGGAUUUCUAUUAUUUUCCAAGUAUGACAACCGCGAGAAGCCCGGAUUCCUUGCUUGUACUAUUCUUGUAAGCUCCCUUUCUCCCCUCUUGAUUCUAGUACAAGAAAAGUUCUAAGUUGUUGUCGUACCGCGAUCGAUGGUCAAUUGGUCACCAUUGCUUCCGUUACUAAUUGAUUAUAUGUUCUCUUGCAGGCUGUAAUUUUCGUGGUAUUGGUGGUUUUUGAUGCAACAAGGCCGGUUUAUCAUGCACAAUUGUAAUCCAGCUCCAGCCAAGUCAAUUACAUGAACUAAACGAAAACUGUUGCUCACCCUUGUCCCCAUUGAAAUUGCUCAUAUAAGUUAUGUAUUUGUCGGGUAUCCCCCAUUGUUGAUUGAUGAUUAAUUGUGCACCAUUGUGUAAUUAGCCAUUCGAUUAUUUUGUAAAUAAGGGCUCGUGUGGAAUGUGUGGUACUGGUAUAGUGUAUAGUUAAUCCUCAUUCUUCAGAUAUGGUUAACUUGAGUCAUCUAAUAAAAUAGAUUGCUACCUCCUUGAACAAUGUAUAAGGUCUCUCUAAGAGAUUGAACCACGUUAAGUAUGCAUCAUUGAUUUCUCGUUCUUCUAUUAUGUGUUCGAUCAACUGUAAGGACGUGUCGAUCUCGUGAAAAAACUAAGGUUUAUGCAUAUGUAAGAGUAUGUGAUCGUUUACAUCAGAAGAUCCAAUAAUAUUUGUUAUUUUUUGAAUUUCAAUACAAUUUCUGUAAUACAAAUUCUCGUAUUAUUUGAAGAUUUUCACUCUUUUUGCUCGAAUGAGAUGACAAAACUAAAUGUUUGGUAUUUAGAGUGAAAGAGUAUGGAAAUGAAAAUUAGGAUUUGAU